AUGUCCGGUAUUGAAGUUGCUGGGCUGGCUUUCGGCAUCUUGCCCAUACUUGUUGAGGUUGUUAAGUCUUAUUCAAAUAUUUCGAGGAAAGUACACACGCUACGUCAUUAUUCUCGAGAAGUAAAAUCCAUCUCAGAGCGACUCAAAGUCUACAAAGGCAUCUUCCUCAAUGAAGUUCGUCUCCUCCUGCGAUCGAUCGAAGAGGAAGAGGAGGUCGAAAGCAUGUUGGAAGAUGCGGCUGAUCAGCGUUGGGUGUGCGAGCAUCUCAACGACAAACUGAGAGCAGUAUUACAAGACAGCUUCGAUGCGUGCCGUAGCAUCAUUGAGGAGACGAGAGACACGAUCGAAAGAAUGACGGAAGAGAUGACAGCGUUUGACGACCUACUCUCCCAGAAAGCAAAGGGCGAAUCCAUCAAGUCAGCGCUCAAACGCUUAGGAGUGGCGAUCAAGAUUACGUUCGAGAAGUCUCGACACGAUAGCUGUUUGGCCAAUCUUCGGGAUAUGAAUGGGGACUUGAGUGCGCUUCGGUCUCAAGUCGGGGCUUUCCAGCGCCCAAACAUUCAGCAGACAGGUAGUUUUGUCCAGCAUAAAGCUUUGCCAAGAGGAAUUGGCUCCAUACAAGAUGCAUCGCAAAAGCUCCAUGAAGCUCUCUGCGGUGCCUGGUGCUGCGAUGAUGCUGCUCAUAGAGGGCACUACGCAAAGCUGUGCAUUGACGCUCAAGUCCAGGCGGAGGUGCGACUCGAUCUUGCCAUAUCAUGUCACGAGCCAAGUCCCAGCGGGCAAAUGAGGUGGGAUCUAAUAUCAUUACGCCGUGGUCGCAUGCUGAACAUUGAUAGCUUGUUGGCGAACCCCCCGAUCUGGCUUUAUGUGCAAUCAAUGAGUACAUCGCAAGACGUCUGUGGACAGCAGGGUGAUGCCAUCCUCUCAAAUACCUCGAAUCCUUUAGCACAGAUGAGAUCCUGUGCGGUCAAUAUGUUGAAGAAGAAGGCCUCUGCUGAACUUCAACAGCAAGCAUCGUGUCGGAAGCGGCCUAAGCGCGUACAUUUCGUUGAUCCACCCCCAAUUGUGUCCAAACCACCUAUUCAGAUGCUUGCACCUGACUUUGAUCUUUGCAAAGAGAAGAGCAUUUGCAAAUACUUACAACAGCACUACCAAAUACCCAGGACUACAGCCACUCAGCGCUGCAUUGGCUACUUGGAGACUCCGCAAAUGUACAAACAUUUGUUCUACCUUCGAGACGAAGACCGUCGCAGACCGAUCAGAGCCCCGCCUGAAAGUGUGUAUUCCAUCUUUGAUGUUAUGCGACAUGACGUGGACGAAGCUCUAGAAGUUGCAGAUCAACUGAGGUUAGCCCACAAGACAGCGCUUGCGCUUCUUCAAUUCAACAACACUCCCUGGCUUCCAGAUCGUUGGCGACUCCAAGACCUCAACUAUUUCGGGACAGGACGUACGCUUGACAACACAACACUCGGAACACUGCAUCUUAGUUCGCAGAUUUCAACGCCUGCGCUUACUCCAGCAGCCAACAAUACGAUGGACGGCAUUCAACAGACCCCGGAUACCGUCAGCGACCAGAUCCGGUACGGUAUAAACAAUACCACUUUGUUCUUUCUUGGUGUUGCCCUCCUCGAGAUUGCGCAUUGGCAACCCAUCGAGGAAAAGAUGACCGCUCGUGAUCAGAACAAUGAAGUCUUCGCUGCGCGCCGACUGGCAGCUGGCCGUGCGCCAUUGGGUCCACAGUACCAGAAGAUUGCCGAGAAGUGCCUUCAAUGUAACUUUGGAUUUGGAACGAAGCUGAGCAACAAGGGCUUGCAGACAGCAGUGUACAACAAUGUCGUAUGCGAACUCGAGACCAUGAUUGAGAAGCUGAGCAUCUGA